AUGACCGGUAUUGUGGUUGUGAAAGGACAGGACACAGCAUCAGAAACUCUGACCUGCAUAGCUGUCACUACUGGCGCCAAAUGUCUUUCAGCGUCUCAAAUCCCACGCUGUAAGGGUCUUGUACUACAUGAUUGCCAUGCCGAGAUAUUAGCCAUCCGGGCAUUCAAUUACUGGCUUCUGACGGAAUGCCACGGCCUGCUGUCUCGGGAGAGACAACUAUCCAAGGGCCAUGGUCAUGUCAGUACCGAGAAUAAAGAAACCCCAAAUUCCCCCUUCAUACGAAAGAGGACGUUUGAAGAACAUGGGGAUGCAUCAAGGUCACCCACAGAAUGGCCGCCUUUCGAAUUUCACUCCGAUAUAAAAAUCUACAUGUACUGUACAUGUGCUCCAUGUGGCGAUGCAAGCAUGGAGCUUUGCAUGGCAUCCCAGGAAGACGCAACACCGUGGGAAGUCCUCCGUCAACCAAAACCUGCAUUAGGAAGCCAAGAAUUAGAGGUUUCGGAUGCAGAGAACCUCCUCGAUGGUCGCGCUCAUUUCUCUCUUCUCGGAGUCGUGCGUCGAAAGCCGGCACGGACGGAUGCCGAGUCAACACGAAGCAAGUCCUGCUCUGAUAAACUUGCCUUGAGACAAAUCUCUUCCUUGCUCUCAUGUGAGACCAGUCGAUUGGUUGCUCCCACUGAUAAUGCAUACAUUGCUGGCCUUGUUCUUCCUGAAGAUGAGAUUACUCAGGUUGGCUUUGAUCGAUGCUUCGGUGCAGAGGGUCGGAUGCAAGCUCUUGUAGGACGGUCAUGGCCUGCUACAAUAGAGACAGAUAACACGCCAAGGUAUCAGUUCCGACCAUUUCAAGUUCUUUCGGUGCCUAGUGACGAAGUUGCAGCGCUAUGGCAUUUCUUCAAGCCAAAACUCAUCAUACCCCCCACGAUUUCAUCGGAACAAGAAAACGGCAGCUCAACUUCUGCGGCCAGUCCUAAAAAGUGUAAGCCAGGAAAUGUGAGUGCCGUGUGGACCGUGGCGCCUUCACAUCAACACCCAUGUUCUGCGAUCAUGGACACAGGGCGCAAGAAUCUGCCACAUUUAGCUCGUUCCAAAACUGGUUUAUAUGAAACGAUCAUCAAUGGAGUGAAGCAAGGCAAUCGUGCAUCUUCUCCCGGAAAACGGGGGGCCUCAGCCUUGUCCAGAGCAAAGCUUUGGGCUCUGUUCCGCGAUAUCAGUCCUACUGUAUCUUUCCAUACUGAUCGAACUGGCGCUUCGGUGACUGAGCCACGGCUUGAUACUGUCCAGCCUGGAGAGGUGCAUGGCGGUACCAGUCAGCGAACUGAGUCGGGAAUUGCCAUUUACCAGGGAUUGAAACACCCGAUCGACUCGAAGGACCCGUUGCAUAUCCGUAUGCAGGCCAUAAAGGAUGCUAAACAGGUUCUCAAGGGCUGGAUGCCCAAUUCUGGGGAUGAGAAUUGGGGAUUGGAUGUCCUGGUCGAUCAGAAGAAACGGAAGCGUGAUAUACCCAAAGCUUUGACUUAA